AUGUACGGCUGGGAGCGUCGCGGAGGCGACCUUCCCAAUCGCCACGCCGAGUCCAUCACCCGGGACGACGUCCUCGCCCACCUCGCUCGCACCAGGGACGUCCUCACCGGCGCGCGCGCAAGGAAAGAUGCCGACGAUCGCGACGGAGCCGUUCGCGCCGACGAUACCGAGGCGACCGGCGCGCUCGCCGCGCCGGAGCUCGAGGAGACCCUGGACACGUCCGCGUACUCCACGUGGACCGACGCCAAAGCCCACGCGGCGGAGUCGUACGCGCGCGGGGAUUUCGUCGCCGCCGCGGGUCUCUUCGCCGUCGCCGCCGCGAUGAUCGAUCCAACAACGAGCGGCGAAGACGAUGCCGGCGGGGUGAACUCCGCCGCGCUGCAGAGCAACCGCUCGUGCGCGCUCCUCGCCGCGGGGCGUCCCGAGGACGCCCUCCUCGCCGCGGACGCGUGCGUCGCCACCCGCCCCGAGUGGCCGAAAGCCCGGUACAGGCGCGCCGAGGCGCUCUUCGCCCUGCGCCGCUUUCGCGAGUGCGCCGACGACCUCGCGCUCGCGACGAAACUCUCCGGAGACUCGCCGGAUCCCGUCCUCGCCAAACGCGCCGCCGACUGCGACGCCGCGCUCGCCCAGCUCGCCGUUCUGGACGAGAUGGAGACGGAACAGGUCAAGGAGAAGGAGGAGGAAGACGCCAAGGCGCGGAACGAGGAGCAGGCUGAGAGGGACAGGCAACUCGCCGAGCUCACAGCCGCGGCGGAGGACCGGGAGAGGGACCCGGCGGUGAAGGCGCUCUUCCAGCGGCUCGAAAAGACGUUCGAGGAGGCGAAAAAGGCGGGUUCCGAGACGGGACCGGACCCUUUCGAGUGCGAGCAUCUGUUGAACAAGAUCCUGACGCUCGAGCCGGACUUCACGGCGUGCUCCUUUCAGCUCGCGCUGAUCCAGCGCCGGCUGGGAAGACACGCGGCGGCGAUUGAGACGAUGCGGUCGUGCCUUCACACCGCGGCGGGAUUCAUGACCGGGUACUCGCAGUUCGGUCAGAUGCUCGAGCACAUUCACGGGAAGGAGUGCCGGGGGUUCCAAGAGGCCGAGCUGCUGUACGCAAACGUGGCGCAGAGGUAUUUCGAUCACCCCGACGCGUGGAUAGGGUUAUCCACGCUGCUCAUGCGCCUCGGCAGGGUCAACGACGCAAUCGCCGUUUUGCGAGCCGCGAUGGUCGGCGGACCGGAGGGUAAGUUCGUCAAGCCCAGGCAGGACGGCGUCGUGCUCAUGACCUUGGCCUUCGCCCAGCACAUGCGGGGACACUCCGCCGAGCCCACGAGCCUGUACAUGCUGUCCGUGACCGCCGGGGGCGGAUCGGCGGCGAUGUUUCUGCUCCGGAGAAUCUUCGAGGAUUGCGGCGACGACGAAAACGCGGACACGUACGCCGACGCCUUGACGCAAAUGAAGAAAGACGCGCCGCAGGAGCUGUGGCGCGCGUUCGAGGCCAUCAACUGGAUGUUCGCCGCCCCGCACUGGGUGACCGUGCUGGGCAAGCUGGGUUUGGCGGAGCGCAUGAGGGCGAGCGGCCUCGAGGGUCGAAUCGUCCCCCCGGCGUACGACGUGUACGAGCGAAAGGACUCCGAUGACCCUCCAAUCGACUUUGUUCCCGGCGAUUACAUAGCCAAAGGGAAGAACAGGGUGUACGAGGGCACACAUCCCGACGCGCCCCGCGUGCGUCGAUGCGAACGCAUCGAGGACGUGCAGGCCUUCCUCGGCGACGACGCGGAGUGCUUGCUCGCGCAGAGGUGCGUGUCGGAUCCCGCGACGCUCGAAGGAGGACGAAAGUAUUCGCUCCAUUUUUACGUGGUGGUCUUCGGCGUCGAGCCCAAGCCCAAGAACGAGUGGGACGAAACCGGGCCUCAUGUGGUCGUGAACGCGAAGGUAACCAAGGGUUUCAGGCUGUGCGUCGCCCCCGGGCGUUACGUCGAGGGCGGCGAGGAUGACGACGCGCACUUAACCAACCGAGGCGCCCGCGGGGACUCCGGCGCCGUCGACUCCGCCGAGAUUGACGACGUAGCCGCGUUCGGCGCGCGCGCGGGGAUCGACUGGGAGGCCGAGGCGUGGCCUGCCAUCACGAACGCGCUGCGCGAGACGCUGAUCGCCCUGUGCGCGGGCAUGGUGGGCGACGGCGACGCCGUGGGUGAUUUCUCCAUGGCGGCGCACCAGUCGAUGCGAAUUCCAAAAAUCGUCGAAGCCGCCUUUGUUCUGGACGCGUCGGGCGCGCCCUGGCUCGUGGACCUCUGCCAGCCCGAGUGCUCCAACCCGAGGGCGAAGACGCUGCACGCGGCGGUGGAGGAGGCGAUGGGCUGCGCGGGGGAACGUGAAUCCGCGUUGGAAUCCCUCUUUUGA